UACACAUAAAUGCCUUUAUCAGAUUUCAGAAUCUAUUUUUGGAACUACAAAAACCCAUUUCUCAAUACCACUUAGCUUACUCUGCUUAACACUGAAGACAUAACUUUUUCUUUCUCCUUCAUUUUCUGAUCAGAGACUGAGAGAAAUGAGGCACUGGGGUUUGGGUUUGCUGUUGAUCUUAGUAUUAAUUCAGCAGCAGAAUCAAGAUAUUAACAACAGAGUUGAAGCAACAACAACAGGGGAUUUCAUAAGAAUUAAAGGAACACAAUUUAUGUUAAAUGGAAGUCCAUAUUAUGCAAAUGGGUUUAAUGCUUAUUGGUUAAUGUUAAUAGCUUCAGACCCAUCUCAAAGAAGCAAAGUAUCAUCUGUUUUUCAACAAGCUUCUAAACAUGGUCUAUCUGUUGCCAGGACUUGGGCAUUUAGUGAUGCUGGUUAUAGACCUUUACAAUCUUCUCCUGGUUCUUACAAUGAAGACAUGUUCAAGGGAUUGGAUUUUGUUGUAGCUGAGGCUAAAAAGUAUCAAAUUAAGCUUAUAUUGAGUCUGGUUAAUAACUAUGAAAACUUUGGAGGGAGGAAGCAAUAUGUAGAAUGGGCUAGAAAUCAAGGGCAAUACAUAUCAUCUGAAGAUGAUUUCUAUACAAACCCUGUUGUUAAGGGAUUUUAUAAGAAUCAUGUCAAGACUGUUCUCAGAAGACACAAUAGUAUUACUGGAGUUGCUUAUAUGGAUGACCCAACAAUCAUGUCAUGGGAGUUGAUCAAUGAACCAAGAUGCUUAUCAGAUCUAUCCGGAAAAACUAUACAGGCGUGGAUCACAGAAAUGGCUUCUCAUGUGAAGUCCAUUGACAGAAAACACUUGCUGGAAGCUGGUUUAGAAGGAUUUUAUGGAGAUACAUCACCCGAUAAGAAGCAGUAUAAUCCUGGUGGUUAUCAAGUAGGAACUGAUUUCAUUGCUAAUAAUCAAAUUCCGGGCAUUGAUUUUGCCACGGUUCAUUCAUAUCCCGAUCAAUGGUUAUCGAGCUCUAAAUAUCAAGGCCAACUCUCUUUCUUAAACAACUGGCUCAACACUCAUAUUCACGACGCCCAAAAUGUUCUGUGGAAGCCAUUACUUCUGACAGAGUUUGGAAAAUCAUGGAAAAGCCCUGGUUACAACCCUUACCAGAGGGAUUUUAUGUUCAAUACAGUGUUUUAUAAGAUCUACUCAUCAGCCAGAAGUGGAGGUGCAACAGCUGGUGGCCUGUUUUGGCAACUUCUUCCAGAAGGAAUGGACUCUUUUCAUGAUGGGUAUGAAAUAAUCUUUAGCGAGAAUCCAUCCAUUGCUAGAAUCAUAGACCAACAAUCUCGAAAACUGGUUCACAUUCGAAGAAUGUAUGCCAAGUUGAGAAAUAUUGAGAAAUGGAAGAGGGCGAGAUCGGUUAGAAGGAACCAAUGGUUUGGCAAAAAUAAGAAGUCAGGAAAUACAGGAAAUUGAAGAUCGUUUAUAGAAAUAAACAACUCUAUAACUAACUAUGAAGAUCGUUUUAAUUUAGUCUUCUGUUUAAUGCUUUAGAGAGGUUUGAGAGAGACUCUCUUAGUGAUGAAAAUGUGUUCAUCCAGGAGAGUCGAGCUAUAUUAAGAGCAAAUGGGAUUCUUUUCAGUUCUUAUAUACUAGUAUAGGAGGGAAGAAAGAAUUCUACCUAUUUAUGAUGUUUUCAACUUGUGGAUGGAUGUUUCUACUUUUUUUACUUACUAGGA